AUGGCAGAGGAAGAAAUGAUUUUCGAUCCAGCAAUGAAAAAGAAGAAGAAGAAGAAGAAAGCAUUUGAUGUGGAUGCAGCCCUUGCAGAAGCUGAAGGAGGACCUAGGGCGAAUGAAUCAACCCCAGUGGUGGAACCCAGCAAUACCAGUAUUGAUACCGCAGAUGGAGAUGGAGGAGAGGAAGUUACGCAGCCAGAAACAUCCAUCAAGGAUGAUCUUGAUGAUCUUGACUUUGAAAAGCUGGGCAAGAAGAAGAAAAAGAAGAAAGCAUUCAACUUGGAUGAGCUGGAAGGGGCUCUGCCUGAUACAAAAGAAGUUGGUGAUGAUCAGAACGAGGGUGAUGAUAUCAUGAAGGAAGCAAAGAGCGACAAUUUUGACCUGGACAUGGAUUUCUCCUUGGAGAAGAAGAAGAAAAAGAAGAAGAAGAAGGAUCUGGACGAUCUGAUAUCUGACGAUCUUGGUAGGGAUGAUGCCGGAACUGAUGCAACUGACAGUUCAAAACCAGUCUGGACUGACAGCGACAGAGACUACACUUAUGACGAGUUGCUCACGCGGGUCUUUGACAUCAUGAGAGAGAAAAAUCCAGACAUGGUUGCUGGGGAGAAGAAGCGCUUCGUAAUGAAGCCACCUCAGGUGGUACGAAUUGGGACAAAGAAGACAUCCUUUGCCAACUUUACAGAAAUUUGCAAGAUGUUGCAUCGGCAACAAAAGCACUUGCUCCAGUUCCUCCUGGCUGAAUUGGGAACUCAAGGAUCCGUAGAUGGGAACAACCAGCUGAUCAUUAAGGGCAGAUUCCAGCAAAAGCAGAUUGAGAACAUCCUUAGGCGUUACAUCAAGGAAUAUGUGACGUGUCACACGUGCCGGUCCCCCGAGACCAUCCUUUCCAAGGACACGAGACUCUUCUUCCUCCAGUGUGAAACGUGUGGAUCCAGGUGUUCAGUUGCCAGCAUCAAAUCUGGCUACCAGGCUGUGACUGGAAAACGUGCUGCUCAACGAGCCAAGAAUGCAUGA